UUUAGACUUUCAUCGCGACUACACGUGUGUUUAUAUUUAACUGAUCUCUGUUUAUUAAUUUAUUUAUAAUUAUAAAACAAAAAUAUGUGUUAAUAAUUUAUUUAUUAUUUAUUGAUAUUUAAAUAAUUAUAAAAAUUUUUUUUUUCAUUUAUAACUAUAACAGUUAAUACACAUGUUGGAUAUACUCUGGAUAUUUUCAGUUGAAAAAAUACAAAAGUGAAAAAUCCGCGCCACGUGCAUUUAUUGAUCACGUGGUACGCCAUCUUAUCGACCGAACAUUAAACACGAGCUGUCAUUGGAUUUUCCAAGACCACGUGAUCUACCAACUGACGUAUGUCCCCACCAGUGAUUUAGUCGUGUACUAUCUUGUGCAAUCUAGUGUGUGAGAGUUGUCAGUGUAUAUACCUAUAGCUCAUAGAAUUGUCAGUGUGUUAAGACAUAUAUAUUUAUAUAUACAUGUAUAUUUAAUAGCGGGUGCUGAGACUGGGGAAAGUAAUAGUAACAAACAGGCAACAGCAGGCAAGAGCUAGCAAACCUGGUCAAGACCCUUGAGGUCUUGGGAGAACAAAGGAUUUACAAAACGCCAAGUGAACGUUAACGUUUUAAAAUUCUCAAUCGAUUUAGUUAUUGUAAUUUCGAUUAUUUAAUUAAAAAUAAUAAUAUUUAUUAUUUAUUUAAGACACUAAGAACAAUUAUUUUUUACACUAUCAGUGAUAUAGAUAUAUCUACUCACAUACAUGCGAUUUAAAUUGAUUUGACAGUUUUUUUUCGUCACAAAAUAUAUUUGCAUAUUGUGUAUAUUCAUAUAUCUCGGAAGUGGAUGACGACAAAUAAAUUUAACAGCUUUGCUUAACAUUAUAGUGGACUUUGAUUCCGCUAUAUAAUAAUAUCAAAUAUUUAUUUAACGAAUUACAUAUAAAUAUAUUCACUGAUCAAUGAUUUUUUAUUUGAAUAUUUGUGUGAUGACUAGAUAGAUCAAGUACAAGUAUUCACAAUUAGUUAUUGUCUGAUAAUUUAAUCUCAAAAAAACAAGGAUAUAAAUAUAAGUAACAAUAAUAAUAAUUAACAACGAUUGGUUAAGUGAGUGAGACAUAUAAAAUGUACAGCAUGAACUACAUUGGCAAGUUCAUCAGUAACUUUCGUGAUUUUUACAAUGAAAUUAAUGCUGCUACUCUUACUGGAGCUAUUGAUGUAAUUGUCGUUGAACAAGAUGAUGGAUCAUUCACUUGCUCACCUUUUCAUGUUAGAUUUGGUAAACUUGGAGUCUUGAGAUCAAGAGAAAAAGUCGUGGACAUUGAAAUAAAUGGAGAGCCAAGACAAAUUCAUAUGAAAUUGGGUGAUUCUGGAGAAGCUUUUUUUGUUGAAGAAGUAAGCUCACAUGGUCUUGAAAAUGGCACUGAGAUACCACCACAUCUUGCUUGUUCACCUAUACCAGAUGACAAUUGUUUUCCUCCUCCUAGAUUUCAUUUAUUAUCUGAUCUCCCUCAAGAGCAACAUGAAAAAAUUCUACGUGACUCGGUGCUGUCGAUAGAACGUGAAAAAUUGGAGCAAAUGUCAUCUUUGCCAGUAGAUCAACGUGAAAAAUUUUUAAUUGAACAAUUUUCUGAUUUGCCAGCUGAGCAUCGGGAAAAAUGGCUUCAAAUAGCAUCAAUGACAUACGAAGAACGUAGUAAAAUUUUUGAAGAAAGCUUAAGUGCGAUGUCAACACGACAAAAACAGCAGAUGAUACGAGAUGAAUAUUCAGCUUUGAAAAUAGAAGAUAGAGAAAGAUUGUUCAAAGAAAAUUUUCCGGAACUGCCGGCUGAACAGAGACCAAAGUUUGAGAAAGCAUUGUUGAAUGACUGGAGAAGAAAAGAGGACGAUGAUGAGGAUGAAGAAAAAUGGAAAGAGCACAAUGAAAUUUCAUCUCAAGCUGAAGAAGAAAUUUUUAACAUGGAUAAUAUUAAUGAGGAUGAAGUCAAACCUGUGUCUACACCAAAAUCAUUUGUCGCUGUUACUUCCUCUGAGAGAAUAAGAAAAAUUAGCGUUGUUAAUAAUGAUUUUCGACCAAUUACUGAUGAUUCAUCGAAUAACGUUAGAGAAAAAAUAUCAUGCGACGAGUCUAGCAAAGUUGAUAAAAAAUCUCACGUUGAUGAAAUUGUUGAUGAAGUUAAAGUUCAGUCAUCGUCUUCAUCGAAACGUAAAAGAAGGAAGAAGAGUAUCAUGAAGAAAAAAGGAGCUCAAAGAAAAGCCAGCAAUGGAAGUAGCAGUCAGACAGAAGUCAGUGAAACUGAGACAACUCAACCUACUGAAGAAUCACUGAGUGAACCAGUAUUGAAAAGCGCAAGUCCCAUUGUUGAAAAUGAAACCAAAGCAACUGAAGAUUUGCCACCACAAUCAGAUUAUCACUUCUUCAGUGACACUGAAAUUACCAAGAACCGGGAUUCCAGGCCUUGCUCACCUGUACAAUCCGACACGGAAUUCGAGAUGCGUAAAAUUGAACAACAACGCGAAGAAGUUAAAGAACGUGAGGAUGAUAAAAGUCAUCAGCAAAGUUGGAGAUGGGGUGAAUUACCAAGUCCACCACUCGAAACAUCUCACGCUCUUAAUUCUGCUACAACUGUUAUCCAACCAAAUGAUGCAGAGGCACAGCGUUCUAUGCUCAGUGGUAUGUUCUCCUUCAUGAAGAAGACGUCACGCGUAAGACACAAUCCGGAAUCCGAAGGAAUUUACUUGAGUGAUUUAAAUGCUGAUGAAUUGGAUCCUGAAGUCGCUGCCCUUUAUUUCCCCUCUUCCCAUCGCGGAACUACCGUAGCGAAAGAAGGUAAACAAGUUGAUGAAGAAGACACUGAAUCUGGAAAUGGUCCAAGCUUACCACAAAGUCCUAACAGUGUAGAAGGUGCUAUUGGAGGUCCUAAAUCAUUGGACAGUGAUUUCGAAGAAUCUAAACAGUCAUUAUUUGACAAUAAUAUCGAUAUAAGCUUAUCACUAUGUGGUGGUUUAGAUAUUGAAAAUGGUCCAAUUGAUGAAUCAUUUCAACAAAAUUUACUUCACUAUGAUGAUCUCUGCAAUGAUACCAAAUUAUAUGAGAAUCCAAAUUUGGUUGUUAAAAUAAAUGGUAAAUAUUACAAUUGGACAACAGCCUGUCCAAUUAUUAUGUCACUAGUUGCUUUUCAUCGUGGUUUACCUCAACACACGAUUGAAAAUUUGUACGCGCAGUCUGGUUCUUUGCCAAUUCAUCAAGACAACAAAAAAGAAAUAGCUAACAAGACAAACGAAGCAAGAAGUGGUUACAGUUCGUGGUUCUCGUGGAGACGUUCAUCAACUCAGCCGCCUAAAAAAAUUUCUGAAACCAUUGGACAAGACGGCCAUGAUAUUUCAGUAGAAAAUAAUCAAGCUGCGGAAUCCCCAGAGUCUGCUAUUGAUAUUGAAGAAGUGGACUCACCAUCUGCAGAUCAAGAAAAAAAUGAAGUUGAAGAAAAACAAGUAAUGCUAGAAAGCAAGAAUUUGGAUGAAAAUUCAUUGAAUAAUCUUGAAGGAAAUCUAACAGCUCAAUCUUCAGUCGAACAAACUAAUGAAAGACCAGAGGGUGAAGGGUACAGCGGAAGCGAAGAUUCAGACAGUAAUCCAAAUGAAACUCAAGGAGUUAGAAUACCAGACCGACGAAGACCUUACUAUGAAUCUGGUGAAAAAUAUCGUAAGACACUUAGACUUACGUCUGAACAAAUAAAAAGUUUAAAUCUUAAAGAAGGACCCAAUGAAGUUGUAUUUAGUGUUACUACCGCUUAUCAAGGUACAUCUCGUUGCAAAUGUCAUAUUUAUCGAUGGAAGUGGAAUGACAAAAUAGUCAUAUCUGAUAUUGAUGGUACUAUUACUAAAUCCGAUGUACUAGGACACAUUCUACCAAUAGUAGGAAAAGACUGGGCACAGUCGGGUGUCGCUCAACUCUUUACUAAAAUUAAAAAUAAUGGUUACAAAUUAUUGUAUUUAUCAGCACGUGCUAUUGGUCAAGCACGUGGUACACGACAGUAUUUAAAGAGUAUAAAACAAGAUGAUCUUUCACUUCCUGAAGGGCCUCUGCUUUUAAACCCAACUAGUCUACUGUCUGCAUUCCAUCGGGAAGUUAUUGAGAAAAAACCUGAACAAUUUAAAAUAUCUUGUCUAAGUGAUAUUCAGGCACUAUUUCCUGAAGGUUCUAACCCAUUUUACGCAGGAUAUGGCAAUCGAAUCAAUGAUGUAUGGGCUUAUAGAGCUGUUGGUAUUCCAAUAACACGGAUUUUCACGAUUAAUCAUCGUGGAGAAUUGAAGCACGAGUUGACACAGACAUUCCAGUCAUCAUAUUCAAAUAUGAGUUACAUCGUCGAUCAUUUAUUCCCAGCAUUGAGAGAAGCAUCUGAUGAAUUCAGUCACUUCUCAUACUGGCGUGAUCCCAUUCCCGAAUUGCCAAACCUCGAUGAUUUAUUCAUUGAAAAUCAAUCUACUCAAUAAGGAUAAUUAUUUUAUAUUUACUACCUAAUUAUUUAUUUCGCAAACACUAAAUAACUAUCUAUAAAAAAUAAAAUAAAAAGUGUUAGCUUUGUUUGCUAAUUUUUCUACUGUACAAUCGCAAUGACGAUACAAUGCACAGACGAAAUGAAAAAAAAAAAAAAAAACGGAAAUGAAAUUCUCGUAGAUAAUCAACAAAAAAAUUCAUGCCAGUACUUAUUAAUCGCUUUCCUGUUAAUUGACUAUAUAAUAUUAAGCAGGGUAUAAAUUCAAGCUUUGACACGAAAAAAAAAAAGAAAAAAAAAGUAUGACUAGAUAUUUUCAAUAAAGAAAUAGCAUUCCAGUUAUUAAUAAUAUGUAAAUUAUUUUGUUAUACGCCGACAUUUAUCAUUGGAAGUAUUUUUUAUUAGAAACAUUUAAAAUUUGUACGUUAUUCUAAACUAAUGAUACGAGUAACUAAAAAAAUAUUAGUACAUAAUUAUUUACAGGCCAACGCCUAAAAAUAAUAUUGUUUUAAACAACAUUGAUAAUAACUAUAAUAAUACAAUUGAAUGAAAUAGUUUCAGGGAAUUUCUAGUCUUGGAUAUUAAUGUAAUCAAUAAGCUUUGAGUUUAUUAAUUAAUUCAUUGUAUAAAUAUAAGAUACAAUGAAAAUUAUCUCACGUUCAUAUGAGGUUAUUCUUUACGACUAGUAAAUGAUUUAUCAUUUUUUUAAUUGUUUCGUAUCACUUAAAAUUUAAUAGCUAUUCUUUAAAUUUAGUUGGCAUAAUUUAUCUAUUGGAAUUAAAGACAAAAAAAAGAUUAAUUAAAAGCAAAUGAUUUGAAUUUUUUUAAUGUGAUAUUUAAAUGUGAACUGUGAAAAGUACAGGAUUUUUUUGUUUCCAUGUAGAAUAUAAAACAAAAAAAAAGUUUUAUUUAAAUUAAUUUGCUAGAUGAGAAUCGAAAAAAAAAGAAAAAUAUUUUUUUA